GUUUUGUCAAGCUUUCACGUGUGCCGCGCAUUUCAGUUGAGGUGACAGGUGGUGAUAUGUGAUAUUGUUGUGUUAGUAAUAAUACUGGUACUCUUAUGGUUAUGGUGCUACUGUGAUCCUGUACAUGCACAAGAAUGAUAACCGCCAGUAAUAUACUCUCAAUUAUUGGCCAUAAAGCUCCGUCAGAAAUACGGAAGUUAGACUUAAGUGGCAGGGGCAUAAAAUGCCUAGACAAGGGUGAAUUCCAGGGUCUGGAAAAUCUUACUGAAUUGGAUCUCUCUCGAAAUGCUCUGAAGACAGUGCCUGACCUAAACCUCCCGAGUCUCAAGAAGCUCAACAUCGAGGAAAACUUAAUCCAGGAUGUCACAUUCUUGAAAAACUAUCCAAGUCUCACAGAAUUACUGCUAACAGGGAACCCCAUCUUGUUUGCAGAUCGGAAUAUUGCAGUUUCGCUGUUGCCAAAGCUGAAACUCAUUGAUGGAAACGAUUGUCAAUCUUUACGAAUCCUGGAAGCAAACGGGGACAAAAAAAUUAUUCCGCAGGUUGCACGUAUUUGGAAGUCAUAUUUCAAGGACAGUUUGACUUCGAAAAUGAGCGAGGAUGACGUAAGAAUUCUAAAAGCAGAUUUUCUCAGACGCUUACGACAAGCAUUCAUAGAAUGCAACGAGUUCCCGCAAAAGUUUAGGAAGUUUAAGGUUGAAGCACUUGGAGAAGAACUAUUUCAGGAGAAGGUGAGACGUCAAGCAUCACCUGGUCAGACAACACCACUGAAGCAACAGGUGAAAAGACAGGACCAGGCAACACGUACGUCCCCGAGGACGCCAGUUAGAAAUAGACAGACCCCAUCCAAGGAAGCCACGCCUCUAAAAAAUUACCUAUCCACAAAAGCUGGUGUCAGGCAGGUCUUGUUUGAUGGCGACCUACCCUCGCCGCGGAAGAGGAUAGCGUUGACGAAUGAAAUCAGCGCGGCUACAUCGCAAAGGAGUAGUCCUCGCAAGGCUUCUUCAAAAGGUGCUGUGAAAGGGGCGGAAGUGAUUGCUUUCCUUCGUUGUCACUCAGCGGACCCAGACGACUCCAACAGCCAAGUGUGGCACGCUGCCUUCGAGCCUGACUGUCUAAAGCCCGGAAAAUCAACCAGCACGGUUGCUACCUGCGGAGGCAGUGUGAUCAACUUCAUUGACUGCAGCACGGCGAGCGUGCUGAAACGUUACAAGCAUGGAAACCUAAAGGAGGAAUUCUUUUGUGUGGCAUGGUCUACGUUGAUAGUUGAAGGGAGGCUUACCACAAUAUUGGCCGCUGCUGGAAAAGCUCAGGAAAUAUCGCUGAUUCACCCGGAGCAACUAGUCUGCUAUAACACAUUUCCAGCCCACACUGGCUACGUAAACUGCCUCGCAUUUUGUAGGAGUCAGCCAGCGUGGCUCUUUAGUGGGGGCCUGGAUCAGAAAAUCUUUCUGUGGGACAUUGGGUGUCCCGUGAUCCCGAGCUACAAGACAAAAAUUCAAAAACUGCUGUGCUUGGACCCAGGCAGUGAAGUUCUCCAAAUACAAAUCAGCACGAAACACAACCACCUCCUUGCCGCGUGCCAUAGUGGGCUCUAUGGAUGGAAUUUUGAUGGUGUCAUAAAAACAAGCAGGUCACCAAAUGUGGAAUUCAAACUUCCAAAGAAGGAUGGUAGAACGCUGGAUGAACCUCUGGUGGACGGGUUGAUCAUCUUGCCAAACGACACCGUUGUGUCCAAGUGUUCAGGAAGUCAAAUGAUCGGCACAUGGAGCUUGUCUGCCAGUUUGAAAUCCAAGGACAAGCACUCGUACCAAAGGCAGAAGGUACUCGUGAAGUAUGACGGUAUAUACGAGUGGAGCACGACUCAAGUGGACUACCUCUAUCCUGCAGCAGCAGCAGGUACUCUGGCCUGUGGCGAUGAUGCUGGAUCGAUAUGGAUCUACAAUAUGGCUGCCACCACGGGCAGCAUUUCUCAGCCUGUUGAGGUUCUCAAAUGGCCAACCACCUUAGAAUGUGACGGUUUUAGCGUAAGAAAGAAAGACAAUAAGAUUAACAUUAACUCUGUGGCACUGAGCACUGAUGGAGGCUUCUUGGUUGCUUGCACAGACAUCAACAUCAUUUGCAUCUGGAAGUUACAUUCUUAGUCACAGUCAUGGCAACCAUUAUCAUGUUUGUAAAUGCUUUUAUUCAUCCCAUAAGUACAUACUAAAGUUUCUUUCCCAUAAAGUG